GGCGGCGCAGCCCGCGCGCAGCCGGCCGCAGUCAUUUGUAUGUCUUGGUGUGGUCCUAUCUCCAAUUACACACAAUGGCAGUGCCUUCCCGCCUGACCGCCUGCUGGCAUCCUGCACCUGCGGAGCAGACGGCCAUGUCCCAGGCACAGGACUACGAGUGCCGGAGCCACAAUGCGGACGGGCAGGAAUCCCGGGUUUCAGGGUCGAGCACUAGGCUCGAGUGGGUGGAGAUCAUCGAGCCGCGGACGCGGGAGCGCAUGUACGCCAACCUGGUCUCGGGCGAGUGCGUGUGGGACCCGCCGGCCGGCGUGCGCAUCAAGCGCACGAGCGACAACCAGUGGUGGGAGCUCUUCGACCCCAACACGUCGCGCUUCUACUACUACAACGCCAGCUCGCAGCGCACCGUGUGGCACCGGCCGCAGAACUGCGACAUCAUCCCGCUGGCCAAGCUGCAGACGCUGAAGCAGAACACGGAGUCCCCGCGCGCCUCCGCCGACAGCAGCCCGGGCCGCGGCAGCAGCGUCAGCCGCGAGGGCAGCACGAGCUCCUCCCUGGAGCCUGAGGACGCAGAGCGGCCGCAGGAGCUGUCCAGGGCGGGCCGGGCCCAGCAGGGCGCCUUCGCGGCGGUGAAGGAGGAGAGCAGCGCUGCACCAGGCGUAUUCCUCGAGAAGGACUAUGAAGCUUGCCGGGAUUACGGCACAGACGGCCAGCUCCUCCACUACAGGACCUCCUCGCUGCGCUGGAACUCGGGCACCAAGGAGCGCGUGCUCAUCAAGGUCGCUGACCGGGAGCCCAGCUUCCUCGCCGCCCAGGGCAACGGCUACCCCUCCGACAGCCAGGCCGGGGCGCGCUCCCGCAGGCCCUCGGGCAGCCAGCACUCGCCCAGCCUGCAGACGUUCAGCCCGGACGCGGACGGCACCGUCUUCUUCCCCGAGAGGAGGCCGUCCCCCUUCCUGAAGAGGGCCGAGCUCGCGGGCAGCUGCUCCCCGCUGCUGACCCAGCCCCGGAAGCCCUCCAGUGACUCACAGCCCUCCUCCCCGCGCUAUGGCUAUGAGCCCCCCCUCUACGAGGAGCCCCCAGUGGAGUACCAGGCCCCCAUCUAUGACGAGCCUCCCAUGGACAUGCAGUACGAGGCCGGCGGCAGCCAUCAGGCCAGCUCCCCGCAGAGGUCCCCCGGCCGCAAGCCCCGCCCCCUCCUGCCCGCGUCCAGGCAGGCGCCCACCUCGCCCUGCCAGCAGCUGGUGCUCACCAAACAGAAGUGCCCUGAGCGCUUCAUGAGCCUGGAGUACAGCCCUGCGGGCAAGGAGUACGUGCGGCAGCUGGUGUACGUGGAGCAGGCCAGCGCCAGCCCCAAGCUGCGUGCAGGCCCCCGGCACAAGUACGCCCCGAACCCCGUGGGCGGCUCUUUCUCCCUGCAGCCCAGCCCCUGCCUGCUGAGGGACCAGCGCCUGGGGGUCCGAUCUGGAGACUACAGCACCAUGGAGGGGUCCGAGCCCCGCCACGGGCAGCCGUCCACGCCGCUGCCUCGGGCUCAGGAGGACGCCAUGUCCUGGUCCAGCCAGCAGGACACCAUGUCCUCAACGGGCUACUCCCCGGGCACACGCAAGAGGAAGAGCAGAAAGCCCUCCCUGUGCCAGGCCCCCAGUGCUGCCUCUGCCGAGGGCCCUGGGGACCUGCUCAGCGAGCAGCCCCUGGCAGAGGAGCACGUCCCGGGCCUGGCCCAGGUGAAGCGGGCGGAGGGCGAGGUGGAGGGUGUGCGGGGCGCCACAGAGCCCUUCCUGGCGCAGGCGCGGCUGGCCUGGGAGGCGCAGCAGGCCCACUUCCACAUGAAGCAGAGGAGCAGCUGGGACUCGCAGCAGGACGGCUCAGGCUACGAGAGCGACGGGGCUGUGCCCCUGCCCAUGCCGGGGCCCGUGGUGCGUGCCUUCAGCGAGGACGAGGCCCUGGCACAGCAGGAGAGCAAGCACUGGAAGAGGGGCACCUUCGAGAAGCUCGGCUUCCCCCAGAUCCUGCUGGAGAAGAGCAUCUCCGUGCAGACGAACCUGGCCUCCCCGGAGCCUUACCUCCACCCCUCACAGUCCGAGGACCUUGGUGCCUGUGCCCAGUCUGAGAGCAGCCGGCAGAACCGCAGUGUGGUGCCCAGCUCCAGCUGUGUCUUCCCCACCUUCGCGCUCCGCAAGCCGUCCUCGGAAACCGACAUCCAGCACUGGGCCUGCGAGCACUUCAACAGGCACACCCAGGGCCUGUUCCGCCGGAAGGUGUCCAUCGCCAACAUGCUGGCCUGGAGCAGCGAGUCCAUCAAGAAGCCCAUGAUUGUGACCAGCGACCGGCACGUGAAGAAGGAGGCCUGCGAGGUCUUCAAGCUGAUCCAGAUGUACAUGGGCGACCGGCGGGCCAAGGCGGACCCGCUGCACGUGGCGCUGGAGAUCGCCACCAAGGGCUGGAGCGUGCAGGGCCUGCGGGACGAGCUGUACAUCCAGCUGUGCCGGCAGACCACCGAGAACUUCCGCCUCGAGAGCCUGGCCCGCGGCUGGGAGCUCAUGGCCAUCUGCCUGGCCUUCUUCCCGCCCACGCCCAAGUUCCACUCCUACUUGGAGGGCUACAUCUACCGGCACAUGGAUCCCGUCAACGACACAAAAGUGACACAGCACAUGAGAGAGCUCCUGGAAAGGAAUGCUAAGAAGAAGUCCAAAUUGAGAAAGAAACCCAAGCCUUAUGUUGAAGAGCCGGAUGGGGUGGCAAUCAGCACCUACGCCAAGUACUGCUACCACAAGCUGCAGAAGGCGGCCCUGACGGGCGCCAAGAAGGGGCUGAAGAAACCCAACGUGGAGGAGAUCCGGCACGCCAAGAACGCGGUGUUCAGCCCGUCCAUGUUCGGCAGCGCCCUGCAGGAGGUCCUGAGCAUGCAGAAGGAGCGCUACCCCGACCGGCAGCUGCCCUGGGUGCAGACGCGGCUCUCCGAGGAGGUGCUGGCACUCAACGGUGACCAGACCGAGGGCAUUUUCAGGGUCCCCGGGGACAUCGACGAGGUGAACGCCCUGAAGCUGCAGGUGGACCAGUGGAAGGUGCCCACCGGCCUGGAGGACCCCCACGUCCCCGCGUCGCUGCUGAAGCUGUGGUACCGGGAGCUGGAGGAGCCCCUGAUCCCGCACGAGUUCUACGACCAGUGCAUCGCGCACUACGAGAGCCCCGAGGCCGCCGUGGCCGUGGUGCACGCGCUGCCCCGCAUCAACCGCAUGGUGCUCUGCUACCUCAUCCGAUUCCUGCAGGUGUUCGCGCAGCCGGCCAACGUGGCGGCCACCAAGAUGGACGUGAGCAACCUGGCCAUGGUGAUGGCGCCCAACUGCCUGCGCUGCCGCUCCGACGACCCGCGCGUCAUCUUCGAGAACACGCGCAAGGAGAUGUCCUUCCUGCGCGUGCUCAUCCAGCACCUGGACACCGGCUUCAUGGAGGGCGUGCUGUAGCGCGCCGCCGCGGGCAAGUGCCUUGCGGGCCGCCUUUUCUACGCGGACUUUCGGAGUCGAGCCUUUAUUUAUUACCCGAGGACUCCGCGCUGGCCCGGGCUCGCCCGACGCAUGGAGCCGAGGCCCGCGGAGUGAAUAAAGCGGCCGGA